AUGCGCAGCACCGACUGGGCAACUCCUCUCGCCGCGGCGCCUUCUGCCGUCGGCACCAUGGCAAUCCUCCUCAAGACGGCCUCUUCCGACGCAGCGGCAGGUCUGCCGGUCAAGAGUCGGGACGUAGUCGGGGACAGAGGCGAGGUAGUCAGCCAAUUGCCAUACGACCUUCUCCACAGCAACCUGCAAAGUUGUAGUGACAUUGGGCGAUCUGCGUUUACGGAGGGCCGAAGCACAAUGGACUACGUCCACAAGGCCGCUAUCAGCAUUAUCCGUAACGGCGGCAAGGUUGAGAGCAUUCUCGAGAUGCUCGAGAACAUCGAAGAUGCCCGGGUCAACUUGAAGCCCGAGAUGCAAUCCGUCAAGAGGACGGCCGAGAUCAGUCUGGAAAGAGUCCGAAGCCUCACCGAGAAUUUCCAGUACUGGUACUGGAUGAUUUGCUGUCUGAAGAACAAUGUGCUCGAGAGCCGAGGUGAUCGAACCCCCCCCCCCCCCCCUUUUUUUUCCCCCUCGCCUUCGAAGCGCUCUCGCCAGGAGUUACCACCGAGUAAUGCUAACAAGGUGUGUUUUCCGGCAGGUACCGUGCAGGCCAAGUCGAGCCGCCAGCUCAGUGACCUGAAGGAGCAAGUCAACGGCCUCGUCGCCUUCUUCAAGAGCAUUCUCGAGGAGGUCAGUGCUACGGUGGACAACGACGUCGAAGAUUUCCUCGCCACAAUCGAGAGGGGCGUCCAGACAUUCGGCGACACAAAUAUCAUUUCAAAUAUCAAUCUGCGCAAACCGGCCCAGCGGCGAAUCCGCAACACGGCUCUCCAAAUUCAGGGCAGCUUCAGUGGCAUCCGGGACAUUACCGGCACUUACGUGGCCAUCUCGGACCGCUACAUCCAGCCGGCAAUCAACAAGAUGGAGGCCCUCUCGGCAACCAAAGGCGACGAGUGGGAUGCUAAGAGCGAAGAGUUUGUCCGCUGGUGCCGUCAAUCCAUGCGCGAGAUCGAAGAGAUAACCCGCGCUGCCGCCGACGGCUUGGAGUCAAACAUGACGGAACGCGUCUCGUACUUGCAACACGCCAUCGAAUCGACCGCCUGA